AUGGUGGAUGAAGGCGAUACCAGACAGCAACUUUCGAAGUUUCUCGCUGCGCCUUUGCAGCCGAACGAAUUGCUCUUGAACAAACGAUGUUUUUACGUCUCUAAAGUCAUUGUUGAUAAACUGAUUCACGAGGAAAAGGAGUUUACAGAAUGGCGGGUGGUACCUCCACCGCCUCCACCGCCGCCUCCACCACCAAAAAAGGGCAAAAAAGGCAAAGGAGGUGCGGCCGCGCCACCUGCCGAGAAGAAAGGCAAAGAGAAAGGCAAAGGUAAAGGAAAAGAACCUGAAGUCACCGAGGAAGCAGGUGAUGCGCCAACCGGUGACGACAUAGAAACAGCAGCCGCUGCGAUUACAGACGUGGAUGAAGAACUUGAAACCACCAAAGGACCUGAGAAUCUACCUAUGGUCGUUGAUGAAACGUACUCGUUUCCCCCACCUCCAGAAGAUUUAGAUCCAGAAGUAGACGGCACCCUAGAAUUUUUUACAGUCAAGAGACAAAUUCCGAAAAUAAUUCAAUAUCCAAAAUUAGAGGCAACAUUUGGUGCUUUUACUCCCCAAAACACGCACCGCAGUAGGCGGUAUCUGUACUUCGUGAGACAGUGUCAGGAAGGCAUUCCUUUGGAUGAGACUGAUGAGAAGACUAUCGCAAAAAUGCCGGAGUUUGUACUCCUUGGAUGUUUAUCUGGAAAGGCUCUAGUAAAUUUGGGGUUGCAGUUGAGGGAUGCUUUUAUUCCCCUCUUCAAGAAACAGUUUCGUGAGAUAGCGUCGACAGAUCCUGAUGUCGACCACGCUCCCACUUCGACGACCAUGCUCUCUCGACAAAUGUCCUACGCGGGGAUCCACCACGAGGAUACUGAAAAUUCUUCUGCCCAGGUUAAUUAUCUUCGUCCGUCUGACUUUCGUCGGAUGUCGAAUAUAGUGAGAGGAGAGAACGCUGAACGAAGAAUAAAGAGCAUGCGUCUGCCAACAACACCGUCCCAUACAGCUCGUCGUUCAUCUCCAACGGAAGGGAUGAAAGCAAAGUCGCUCCAAGCGAUUGACGAUAUGGACGUCGCGGACACCGGGGACGCCGGGGGAAGAGGUGGCUCUGAUGAGAUCAUUAUCGAUAUUGAUAACCUCGUUAACAUGGUCGACUGGACCAUAGAACAUAUCGAAGGCGAAAUCCAACUACCCAUGCCAGUCGUUCCCGGGUUGGGAGAGGCUGAUGACAGCGAUACCGAUCUACCUAAAGAUUUGAUACCGCAGCUCGAACAGGCAGUCAUGAUGUGGGUGGAGCAUAUUGAUUCUACCAUUACAGCUUGUCUUGCCAAGACCCGUGAAGGUCAAGGUCCUAUGGCAGAGUACAAAUAUUGGCGAGAAAGAGAUGCAGAACUGUCUCUUCUGGUGGAGCAACUAAAACAGCCAAUGGUUGUUAAGAUCUUGUCUCAUUUGCAAAAAGCAGAGUCAACCUUUUAUGAGGGUUUUCUGCACAACAAGGAAAUUCUGAUGGAUCAAUACAAUUUAGCUGGAGACAAUCUCAAGUUUUUGUCAACUCUGACACGUUUCUUUACGGUAAUAGAAGACGAGAAAUCGCCACUCCAAAAUGUAAUAGACAUUUUACCAGAGAUGGUGGAAAGUAUUUACAUGGUGUGGGUGCUGUCCAAAGGAUACCGAACAGAUGAGACUAUGAUACCUCUCCUUGCGCGAAUCUCUUGGGCGUUGUGUGACAAGUUGGAAAAGAAUCUUGAUGUAUACAAGUUGUUUGAUAAAUCCAAUGAACAGGUCCUCAGUAUCUGCAAGAAUUCCAAAAAGAUUUUGGAAAUGUGGCACCAGCUGUAUAGAGAUACGCGAAGACAUAUUGAGAUCAGUGGCAAGGGUGCGCGUUGGGAAUUCGAUCAGAAACUACUGUUUACUAAGACUGAUUACAUUGCCGAAGUGGCUGGUGAUCUUAGCAACGUUAUUCAGGUUGUCAUAGACUUUGAGCGCGUGUUCGGUAUGGAGCUAAAAUCGAUCAUAAGUGAUCCCACACAAAUCGACGACGUUCGCAAACGUGUAGUCAAUCUUGUCUUCCCAAUAAGAACUAUAGACUUCUGUAUAUUCAACUUUAACAAUAAAGAAAACUGGGAUGUUAUUAUGAACGAUUUCUGGGCUGAAGUUAGAUAUUUAGAAGACGAAGCAAAGAAUAAUAUUAAUAAUAGCUUUAGCAAUUUAAGAUCUUCCGAAGAAGCUCUUGAGGUGCUACUCAAGUUUCUUGAAUUCGAAGGCAUGCGUGAUGCGAUGCGUAAAGAAUUGUCCACUAAGUUUGAUUUUAUUAUGAGACAGUUUAUCAAGGAGAUUACAAUUAUAGAAGACAGGUUUACUCGAAGUCGCAAGAAUCCCCCAUUGCUUCGCAAUCACCCGCCUGUCGGAGGCGCAAUUUACUGGGCGAGGAUGCUUUUCAACAAAUUGAAACAACCUAUUAUGAAGUAUCAAAAGAUACCAGAAUUAAAUGAAUGCGAACAAAAGAAGGAAGCUUUUCACAUGUACAAGUCGUUUUCCAAAAUCGUCAAGGAAUUUGAGAAUCAGAAAUUCAAUGACUGGGUGCAGGGUGCGUCGCUUUUUGUUGACAAUAUGAUGAAGAAGAAUAUUCUUCGAGUUCAAUUUACUCCAGAAGCUCGAAUGCAAGUUACUGCUGCUGGUAAAGCUCAUAUGCAAGCAAAAAAGCCGCCGGGAUCCCGGGUUUCAUUAAAACCAAUGGAUAUUGUCAACAAAGAGAUAGCUGAAAAACGUAGAAGGGAUAAAGUUUUGAUGCUGAUGAGGAUACCCGGACAACAUUAUGAGAAUGUUAGAUCGCCAAGUUCUACCUCUCUUUUAGCCAAAGAAGGAUUGACCGAUGUGACGUGGCGCGACUUGACAGUACAUAAGCUGAUGCAAGAGCAUGGAUUAGAGUUUCAGACGUGUUUCGAUCAUAAAAUCUUUCAAAUUAUUCUGGAAGCUGAACUGCUGGAGCAGUUAGGUUUUGACCUUCCAACAAACAUAAGAGACGUGGCUAUGCAAAAGGACCGACUCUAUUAUGAACUCGAAGCAUUACAAGAAGUUAUAUCAAAUUAUAACGCCUGCACGAACACUCUUACGCGAUCUGAGACACAUCUCAUGAAAAAGCAUCUAUUAGAUAUGGAAAGGCAUAUUUUGCCUGGUCUGACCAGAAUAUCAUGGACUGCACUCGGAAUAAAGGAUUAUAUUAAGGAUAUUACUAAAGGUCAAAAUUCUCUGCAAUCUGUACACCAGCAACUCAAGAUGGUUGAGAAGGAAAUUCUGUUCAUGAUAGAACAGAUCGAGAUCUUUGAUUUGUUCCCGGUCGUUAAACCGAAGGAUUAUGUGGAUCCUGACACAGGCCAAAGUGACGAUACUUGGUUGCAUCCUUGCAAGGCGUAUUUUGUGGAAUUAGAGAAUGAACGCACACAUCGAGUAGCUAUGAUUGCAAGGCUAUACGAACGUAUAGGACCUAUACUCAAUAAGCUCGAGUACCUGAUCCUCGGAUCCAGUACGGGAAAGUCGGUUGUCAUGCAGUCCUAUUACACAUAUUGGGAGAAGAAGAUUUUCAAGGCUCUUGUUACAUUUACAUAUGAGAACCUGGAAGAAUUUCAAGAUCUCUUAUCAGGGAAAGAUCCAAUGUUUCAAGUGGACGCAGUUUUGGUUCCACCGGACAUAACCAUGCGGCCGACACCUGUAGAAGUACAAAACAUCGUGGGAUAUGAUAUCAAACAUUUUCUUAACAGAUUGACUUCUUUUCCACGUUGGAUGAGAGACACAUGCCUCUGCUGUCCACCGCAGCGUAUCGUAGAAGCCACUGGAAACGAGUUCUAUGUAUUCUCUUUCUUCGAAGAUAUCCUGCGUGUAGUUUCCAUUAAUGACGUCACGUUGCUAAUUCAGGACACCAUUUAUAGGCUUACGCAAGACAUACAGGCUUAUACGCAGAAAUGGCAUAAAUAUCAGCACAUGUGGAGUUACGACAAAAAUCUGUCCUGUGAGAAAUACGUCCAAAAGAACGAUCAAAUUCACAAAUACGACGAGAAAUUCUUCUUUUUCGAAGAUAUUAUUCAAGAUUUAGAGAACCACGUGAAAUAUGUAGACCUGGGAAGUAUCAGAGUAAAUCUAAGACCCAUCAUCAAGCAAAUACAGGAGCAUGCGCAAGAUUGGAUUAAUACGUUAGGAAGAUGUGUAUGUACGAAAACGCGAAUGGACAUGUACGAUUUGAAAAAUCAAAUUGAGAAUCUUCGUCAAAUAGUGAACAUGAAUAUCAAGGGGUUGGAAGAUUUCAAAUUGGUGAUGGCGACGAUAUCGAUGGUGCAAGCCAUGACAGUGACUGCCGAAGUAAAAUAUCGUGGCAUGGUUGAGAUGUUCAACAUGUUGCGACAACAUGGUAUUGAAGUGACGGCAGAAGAUAUGCAUUUUGCUAAGAGUCUAGAAGCGUCAUGGGGCGGACUGUUCCAAACCUGUAUGUUCCGUGCAAAUACCCUAGAAGCUACCAAGGAUAAGUUCUCUAAGCUCAGUGUUAUUGAAAUAGCCAACUUCUUGAAGGAACUAGAUGAAUUCGUUGAAAAGUUCGACAAUGAAGGUCCUGGGACUGUUGGCGAAGAUAUGGAAAGAGGUCUUUUACUUAUGGAGGAAUACACCAAAUACUUCGAUGAAUUGGAAGCCAAAAAGAAACUGCUUCAAGCUGCAGAACAACUCUUCGACAACCCUCUUGCAGAUUUUUCCAAUUUCAUGCGAGCAAAAGCAGACUUCGUUGCUAUGGACCAGGUUUAUAAGAUUUACAAAGCACAGAAAUAUGCUAGAGAAAUUUGGGCGAGAACUUUGUGGGUCAAUCUUAAUCCACUGGCUUUAGUGGAUGGCAUUGAACAGUUCUUCAAAGAUUUCAGGAAAUUGCCCAAAGCUGUACGGCAAACCGGUACCGGUAUGAUGUUGGACUUAAAGAUGAAGCAAUUCAAGGGUGUAGUGCCUCUUAUGGUAUCCCUCAAGAAUGAGGCUAUGCGCGAGCGGCAUUGGAAGGAGCUUAUGAAGAAAACAGGUCAGGACUUCGACAUGUCUCCUGAGCGAUUCACUUUGGAUAAUAUGUUUGCCAUGGAAUUGCACAAAUACCAAGAUGUUGCUGAACAAAUUGUGAAUCAUGCUAUUAAGGAAUUGGCUAUCGAGCGUGGUGUGAAAGAUAUCCAAGAGUCGUGGGCCGCUAUUCAGUUCACAGUGAUGCGACAUUUCAACCGCGGUGAAGACCGAGGUUACACACUGAACCCUUGUGAUGAGAUCACGGUAAAAGUAGAUGAAGACGCCAUGUCAUUGCAAAGUAUGGCUGCUUCACAAUUCAUCGGUCCGUUCCUGAAUGUAGUCCAUACAUGGGAGCGCAGACUCUCGCUUAUCUCAGAGGUUAUUGACGAAUGGUUUGCAACGCAGCGCAAGUGGCUUUACUUGGAGGGCAUUUUCGUUGGUGGUGAUAUACGCGUCCAGUUACCUGAAGAGGCGAAAAAAUUCGAUGAUAUUGAUAGAGUAUUCAGAAAGAUCAUGCUUGACACUGCCAAGCGCCUUAAUGUGGUCGAUUGCUGCACAGUCCCUGGAAGAUUGGAGGAAUUCAUUGCUUUGGGACUAGGACUGCAAAAAUGUCAGAAAUCAUUGAAUGAUUACUUAGAUUCCAAACGGCGUAUAUUUCCGAGGUUCUUCUUCAUAUCUACUGAUGAAUUACUUUCCAUUCUUGGUAGUAGUGAAUGCAGUUGUGUACAGGAACAUAUGAUUAAGAUGUUUGAUAAUAUUAAAGCUUUGGAACUUUAUGUUGACCAUACUAAUAGACCUGUUGCAUCUAAAAUGAUUUCCGCCGAAGGAGAGAUAAUGGAGUUCCGAUACAUUGUAUACACCGAAGGAAGAGUUGAGGAUUGGAUGAAUUUGGUCUUGAAUGAAAUGCGUAGUACGAAUAAAUUUAUCACCAAAAAGGCGAUUUUCUACUACGGAAGGAACUGGAAAUUUGAAGGUCAGGAGAUAUCAAUGGAUAGUAAAGUGGGCGUUUUUAUUACAAUGAACCCUGGUUACGCAGGGCGCACAGAAUUGCCAGAGUCCGUCAAAGCUCUGUUCCGUCCUGUAGUAUGUAUUUUGCCCGACUUAGAGAUGAUUUGUCAGAUUUCAUUGUUUUCUGACGGCUUCCUUACUGCAAAGGUGUUAGCAAAGAAGAUGACAGUUUUAUACAAAGUCGCUCGGGAACAACUGUCAAAGCAGUCUCAUUACGAUUGGGGUCUUCGUGCCCUAACUGCUGUGUUACGAAUGGCUGGAACAUUGAGGCGAAAUUCUACAGAUCUCAGUGAGAUUAUGGUCCUCAUGAGAGCCUUGAGAGACAUGAAUUAUCCCAAGUUCGUCUUUGAGGACGUCCCUCUAUUCUUGGGGUUAAUCAAGGAUCUAUUUCCUGGCCUCGAAUGUCCCCGAGUCGGUUAUCCUGACUUCAACGGAGCUGUCGUUAAUGUGUUGGAACGAGACGAAUACAUUGUCCUUGAUCAUCAGGUGGACAAAGUAGUUCAAAUGUACGAGACAAUGAUGACAAGACACAGUACCAUGCUUGUCGGGCCAACAGGUGGUGGAAAAACUGUCAUUAUUACAACUUUAGUGAAGGCACAAUCUGAUUUGGGCUUGCCGACUAAACUUACCGUUUUGAACCCUAAGGCGUGCUCAGUCAUAGAGCUCUAUGGUAUUUUGGACCCUGUUACAAGAGAUUGGACUGAUGGUUUAUACUCUAGAAUUUUUAGAGAGAUGAACAGACCUGCAGCGGAGAACGAGCGUCGUUACUCUUUAUUUGAUGGAGAUGUUGAUGCUCUUUGGAUUGAGAACAUGAACUCGGUGAUGGAUGAUAAUAAACUUCUGACCUUGGCUAACGGGGAGAGAAUCAGACUGGCGUCAUACUGUGCUCUUCUGUUUGAAGUAGGUGAUUUGAAUUACGCUUCGCCAGCCACUGUGUCUAGAGCUGGAAUGGUCUUCGUCGACCCGAAAAAUUUGGGAUAUCAACCUUAUUGGGACAGAUGGCUUUUGAGUCGUAACAACAUAGAGGAGCGAGAACAAAUGAGUGAAUUGUUUGAGCAUUACGUGCCCGGUGCUAUUAAUUACAUCGUCUUCGGGCUCUUUGGGCUGCAGCAACAGACUCCACUGAAAACUAUUGUGCCACAGACGCCGUUGAACUUGGUGAUGCAACUAUGUUACAUGAUUAGUGGACUAAUGCCAAACCAGGAAGAUAUUAACGAGCAAAUUGAUAAAACGGUUGUUGAAUGCGUUUUCAUGGUGUCAAUGUACAACAGCCUCGGUGCUUCAAUUAUCGACGAUGGUCGUAUGGAUUUCGACGUGUACGUCAAGAAGGCCUGCCCCAUGAUGCUGGUCGAUGAUACACCGGAAAAGAAAGCCACUACUAAGCUGUUCCCGGUAGGUUUUCCUACUCUAUAUGAUUAUUGCUUGGAGCUGUCGACGAAGUGUUGGGAGGCGUGGGAGUGGCUGGUGCCGGAAUAUGUUCACGAUAGAGACAAGAAGUUUUCUGCGAUCCUGGUACCGACAGUCGACACCUUACGGAUGACAUGGCUUAUCAAAAUUAUGGAAAGCGUUGAGAGGCCCGUAUUACUUGUAGGUGAAACGGGUACAUCUAAAACAGCUAUUAUCUCCAAUUUCUUGCGUGAAUUGUCACCAGAUAAAUAUAUAGUGCAACAAAUGAACUUCUCGUCGCGAACAUCUUCUAUGGACGUGCAAAGAAACUUGGAGUCGAUGGUGGAGAAACGAACUAAGGACACCUUCGGCCCACCCAUCGGGAAGAAACUCCUCGUCUUCAUCGACGACAUGAACAUGCCUAUUGUAGACACAUACGGUACUCAACAACCCAUUGCACUGCUAAAGCUACUGUUCCAGAGAAAAGGUUUUUAUGACAGAGGGAAAGAUCUCACUUGGAAAAACCUCAAGGACAUCGGUUUCCUUGGCGCUAUGGGCAAAGCUGGUGGUGGUAGAAAUGACGUGGAUCCACGAUUCAUUUCGAUGUUCUCAGCGUACAAUCUCCAAUUCCCCUCGGAGAGCACGUUAAGGCAUAUUUACAUCUCCAUUAUUAACGGGCACUUUGAGAUUUUCCCCGAUGAGAUUAAAGAAAUAGCCGAUCCACUUAUACAAUUGACCCUUGAUCUUUAUAAGAUUCUAAUAGUAGAGCUGCCCCCGACACCUGCGAAAUUCCAUUACAUUUUCAACCUGCGAGACUUGUCUCGCAUCGCGGCCGGUAUGUGCCUCACGCAUCCCAAUUACUUCAGUGAAAAACGAGCUAUGGUGCGGUGCUGGAGGAACGAGUUCACUCGAGUCAUAUGCGAUCGACUAAUCAGCGUUCAGGACAAUGAUUUGAUGAAAGAACAUAUUCAUCAACUGGUAAUUCAGUACUUCCCUGAGGAGGAGCCAGCGGUGAUUGAAGAAAUCGUUGUUCCUGAAGAAGUAGUUGAGGGCGGCGAUGCAGGCGAAGAUGAUUUGGACGAAGAAACUGAAAAGCCGAAAAAGAAAGAAGAAAAGGUAACUGAAGAGGCUGUAAUUGAAGAAGAAGAAAUUGAAGAGGAAGAAGUGGAAAAGGAACUUACGUUGGAAGAAUACGUAUUCCGAGAUCCACUUUUGUUCGGGGACUACCGCAAUGCUUUAGACGAGGAAGAAAUUCGAUACUAUGAAGAUCUUCUUGAUUACGAAGCUGUUUAUUUUCUUUUCCAAGAGAUUCUAGAUGAAUACAAUGAGCGCGUCGGCAAGAUGUCAGUAGUACUUUUCGAGGACUGUCUUGAGCAUCUGACGCGCACUCAGCGAAUCCUACGCAUGGACCGCGGCAACGCUAUGAUCAUUGGCGUCGGCGGCUCCGGCAAGAAGAGCAUUUGUCGUCUUGCCGCUUUUGCUGCCGGUUGCGAAAUGUUUGAAAUUACUAUAACCCGUAACUACAACGAGAACUCGUUCAAAGACGAUAUGAAACGACUCUACAAUCAACUCGGGGUCGAUCGCAAGAAAAGUGUCUUCCUUUUCACUGCUGCUCAAAUUGUAGAAGAAGGUUUUCUGGAGCUUAUAAACAACAUCUUGAUGAUUGGAAUUAUUCCUGCUCUAUUCGGAGACGACGAGAAAGACGCCAUCAUUAAUUCUUGUCGCAAUGCUUCAGGAGAAGCGGGAUUUGGUGUUGGAAAGGAUUCCGUCUGGCAGUACUUUUGUUCCACAAGCGCUGAUAAUCUACAUAUAGUGCUUUCGAUGUCACCCAGUGGCGACAUCUUGCGAAACAGGUGUCGCAGUUUCCCGGGUCUCGUGAAUAAUACCACCAUAGACUGGCAGUUCCCUUGGCCGAAGCAGGCGCUGUUGGCUGUAGCUAACGUGUUUUUGGCCAACGUGGAUAAAAUUCCGGACGAUUUCCGUCCAAUAAUCGUGGAACACGUUGUCCACGUCCACAUGUCCGUUUCGCGUUACACCGUCGAGUUCUUGUUACGUCUUCGCCGUCAAAACUACGUAACACCAAAACAUUACAUGGACUAUUUGACUAACUACAUUGCAUUGCUUAAUGAGAAAGAUGCAUUCAUUAUAGCUCAGUGCGAGCGUCUCCAAAGUGGAUUGGAUAAAAUUGAAGAGGCCAAUGUGCAACUGGCGGACCUUAACGAAAAGCUGGCCGUACAGAAAGUCAUUGUAGCUGAACAGACGGCAGAAUGUGAAGAACUCUUGAAAGAGAUCACUAAAGCUACUGACACAGCGGUAACAAAACAGCAAGUGGCAGCAGUGAAACAAGUAGAGAUUACCGAACAAAAGGUGGUAAUCGAAGAAGAAAAAGGCGAAGCUGAGCAAGCGUUGUCAGAAGCUUUACCUGCGUUAGAAGCGGCCAGACUCGCCUUGGCCGAUUUAGAUAAGAACGAUAUUACUGAGAUUCGGUCUUUUGCUACGCCGCCCGAAGCAGUGCAGGUUGUCUGCGAAUGCGUUGUGAUCAUCCGUGGCAUAAAAGACGUAAGCUGGAAGGGCGCAAAGGGCAUGAUGGCAGAUCCCAACUUCUUACGAAAUCUUCAGGAGAUGAACUGCGAUCUUAUAACGCAGCAACAAGUUAAGGCUGUCAAAGCUCACAUGAAGAAGAGCAAGAAACUUGACACUAUGCAACAAAUAAGUAAAGCCGGAUAUGGUCUGCUCAAAUUCGUAACAGCCGUAUUAGGAUAUUGUGCUGUAUUCAAGGAAGUGAAACCCAAAAUAGACAAAGUAGCUGAUCUCGAGAGGCAGUUCACCGAAGCCAUAAACUACUUGGACUCACUCAAUCGCGAGAUUAAUCGUUUGCAAAAUACGUUGGACAAAUUGAAUGCCAAAUAUGAUAAUGCUAUGAUGAGAAGGCAGGAAUUACAGGAGGAAACUGAUAUUAUGAUGCGCCGUUUGGUGGCUGCAGACAAAUUAAUGUCUGGUUUGGCAAGUGAGCAGAUCCGAUGGACACGUGACUUGAAAGCAUUAUACGAAGAACGAGGACGUCUAAUCGGGAAUUGCUUACUUUCUGCAUCUUUCCUAAGCUACACAGGACCGUUCUCCUUUUCGUUUAGAGAAAUGAUGAUCUAUGAAGAUUGGAUGAGCGAUCUUUUGGAACGUGGCAUACCACUUACAACACCUUAUACUGUUCAAAAGAAUUUGACGAACGAAGUAGAAAUUAGUGGAUGGAAUUCCCAAGGGUUACCACCAGACGAGUUAUCAGUACAGAACGGUAUUCUAACAACGCGGGCAUCGCGAUUCCCGCUUUGCAUCGACCCUCAGACACAAGCGCUCAACUGGAUCAAAAAGAGGGAGGCUAAGAACAAUCUAAAGGUUCUAUCGUUUAAUGACGCGCAGUUCUUAAGGCAAUUGGAGAUGGCUAUCAAGUAUGGUAUGCCUGUGCUGUUCCAAGAUGUCAACGAAUAUAUUGACCCCGUAGUGGAUAAUGUUUUGGAGAAGAAUAUAAAAGUUGAAAGUGGCCGAACGUUCGUAAUGCUGGGCAGUUCAGAAGUAGACUAUGAUCCAAAUUUCCGCAUGUAUCUCACCACUAAGUUGGCCAAUCCGCAGUUUAACCCUGCAGCUUAUGCUAAGGCAGUCGUUAUUAACUAUACUGUCACAGUCCAGGGUUUAGAGGACCAAUUGUUAAGCGUGGUGGUGAGAGCAGAACGUGCGGAUUUGGAGGAACAAAGAGAGUUUCUCAUAAUCGAAACGAGUACCAACAAGAGUCUGCUGCAAGGAUUGGAAGAUUCUCUACUCAGAGAAUUGGCUACUUCAACUGGAAACAUGCUGGACAAUGUCGAACUGGUCGAUACUCUUGAGAACACUAAAUCGAAAGCUGCUGAGGUUAUGGAGAAAUUGGAACUGGCAGAAGCGACGGCUAUAGAUAUAGAGAAGCUGCGUGACGGGUACCGACCGGUGGCUAAGCGUGGGUCCAUUCUCUUCUUCGUGCUUUCCGACAUGGCUAACGUCAACACCAUGUAUCAGUACUCCUUGACUUCUUAUCUCGAUGUGUUCUCGUUCUCGCUGCGAAAAGCAAUGCCCAACGUGAUUUUAGUGAAACGCCUGCGCAACAUUAUCGAUAUGCUUACCAAGAAUGUUUACGACUAUGGGUGUACUGGUAUAUUCGAGCGCCACAAAUUGCUAUUCUCCUUCCAAAUGGAUGUGAAACUUGAGCAGAGUGAAGACAGGGUUACACAGGCGCAGUUGGACUUCUUCAUUAAAGGGAACGUCUCACUCGAGAAGUCAGCACGCGCUUCCCCGGCUCCUUGGAUACCAGCGCAGGGGUGGCAAGAUAUAAUGAAGUUAAGCUUCGAUUUUCCGGACCCGUUCGUGGCGCUACCUGAUCAUAUUGGCAAGAGUUUGGUCGCCUGGCAAGAGUGGUUCGACAGCGAUACUCCAGAGUCGAACGAAAUCCCCGACAACUAUCGCAAUUUGCUCAAACCCUUUGAAAUACUGAUGCUGCUCCGUUGCUUUCGCGUGGAUCGUGUGUACCGUGCCCUGAACGACUACAUUACCGUAACAAUGGGCGAGGAAUAUAUCACACCGCCGAUUAUCAGUUUGGAUAUGAUAUUCGAGCAAACAACUCCGUUCACGCCUGUAGUGUUUAUCCUGAGUCCAGGAUCAGAUCCGACUGCGGAUUUAAUGAAAUUAGCAGAUCGGUGUGGGUUUGGAGGAGGCAAAUUUAAAUACUUGUCUCUUGGGCAAGGACAAGAAGGGGCUGCGUUGUCUCUGCUGGAAGGCGCAAUAUCCCAUGGCCAGUGGCUCAUCUUCCAAAACUGUCACUUGUUGGUGUCAUUCCUUCGUGAACUCGAAAAACAACUAGAGUUGAUGGUCAAACCCAACCCGGAAUACCGUCUUUGGCUCACCACAGACCCUACACCGACGUUCCCUAUCGGUAUAUUGCAGCGAUCGCUGAAAGUGGUAACAGAGCCGCCCAAUGGUCUCAAGCUGAACCUUCGCAACACGUACUUCAAAAUGCGACCACAUGCACUUUCGGAAUGUGCACAUCCAUUGUUCAAGAAACUCAUCUACGUCUUAGCUUUCUUCCAUGCCGUUGUUCAGGAACGACGCAAAUACGACAAAAUCGGAUGGAAUAUAUCAUAUGACUUUGCGGAGGCUGACUUCACCGUGUGCAUGCAGAUCUUGAAUACGUAUUUGGACCGUUGUGUUGUAACCAAAGGUGUCGUACCAUGGGCUACGCUUAAGUAUCUUUUCGGGGAGGUAAUGUACGGCGGGCGUGUGAUCGAUGAUUUUGAUCGGCGCGUGGUCAGGACCUACAUGGACGAAUAUCUCGGGGAAUUCCUGUUCGACAAGUUCCAGCCAUUCCAUUUUUACAGAGAUUCGACUUUCGACUAUGUGAUGCCUCCUGACUUCGAGGAAAGGGACGAAUACAUUGAUUUCGUGGACACAUUGCCGCUAGCAAACACUCCAGAAGUAUUCGGGCUGCACCCUAAUGCGGAGAUUGGAUACUUCAGCCAGGCUGUGCGCAUGAUGUGGGGACACCUCAUCGAGCUCCAGCCUCAAACCAGCCUGCACAUCCCCGAGUCGUACCUGAUCGCGCACAUUCAGAUGGCGUGUCGUCUAUACACGUGGGCACUGGAUCGAUCCACGCAGUGCACCAAAGUAACAAGUUGGGUCUCGCCCGAUGAGGUCGAAGAAAGACCCGUUACUGGCUGCUAUGUACGCGGUUUGUACCUAGAAGGGUGUCGCUGGGACAUCGAGGAGGGUUGCCUGAAACGCUCCCACCCCAAAAUAUUAGUCACCGAGCUGCCGAUCAUGUAUAUCAUACCUGUUGAGUUCCAUAAACUCAAGUUGCAGAAUACAUUAAAAACGCCAGUGUACACGACGUCAACGCGGCGCAACGCAAUGGGUGUUGGGCUCGUAUUUGAAUCAGAUUUGUGGACUGCCGAACAUUGCAGCCAUUGGGUCCUGCAGGGCGUAUGCCUUGUUUUGAACACCGAUGAUUAAGCAGAUUGUGUUAUGCUUUUCUACUGCUAUUUUAAUCUUAUUUAUCGUUUUCACAUUAUAGUGAGUUUGGUAUUAACAAUGUACUACAUUAUGUCAUAUCAAAUUCAUAUACCCAUUACCGGUGGACCAUUACAUUUUUACUUUAGCGUUAAAAUGGUACGUAUCAAGAAUGAAAAGCAUUUAUUGCAACGCAGCAUAAAGAAUACAAAUUUCAACAACAUAGGGGUUUGUAUUUUUUUGGUGUGUGUUACACGAUAACCUACUCCGAUAUUUGUCAACCAAUUUUGUUUUUUGUUGGUAUGGGGGUACCUCAGUAGUAUUACAACUCAAAGAAAAACAUAUUCCGUCUCUAAGGGCACGUUCCGAUUAUGUCAUGACGACAGGUAGUCGUGCAGUUUAAAGUGUCGUGGUUUUUAUAUUUAAAAGAAGUUGUUCACAUAUAACACUAUUAACUGUCGUUCAUGACUUUUGACAUUACGACGACAGA